UUGCAAGGAAGUUCUUCCAUUCAUUUUUACUAGGCUGGUGCUGCAGCUUGCUGGUCUUUUCUUGCUAAGCGAUGGCGAACCCGAUUAAGAAGGAGGACAUGAAGUUCCUCGAGUACCCCAAUUCCGCGCAGGAAAUCAUGGGGGCUAUGGUGGAAGGGAAGCUGAAGAUGACAGACCAGGCAAUCAUCUUCAAGAAUGGAAAGACAGGGAAGGUGGACCAUAUCACAAUGAAUGAAAUUGAUCUCCUGAAUUGGCAACGUCUUGCAGGCAAUUGGGGACUUCGCGUUUUCCUGAAGAAUGGCCACUUGCAUCGAUUUGGGGGAUUCAAAGAGACUGACAAGGAUCACCUGGCCCAGUUCUUUCGGAACUACUACAACAAAGAAUUGGCAGAUCGAGAGCUGAGUGUAAAAGGCUGGAACUGGGGAACAGCACGGUUCAAAGGUGGAGUGAUGAGUUUUGAUGUGUCCAGUGCCACUGCCUUUGAGAUCCCCUUGCCCAAUGUGUCUCAGUGUAUGACUGGGAAGAAUGAAGUCACCCUUGAAUUCCAUCAGAAUGAUGAAGCUCCUGUAAGCCUGAUGGAGAUGAGAUUCCACAUUCCAUCAUCAGAGUUAGCUGGAGAUACUGAUCCUGUGGAUGCCUUCAAGGACCAGGUGAUGAAGCAGGCUAGUGUGAUCACAGCCACAGGGGAUGCCAUAGCCACCUUCAAAGAAGUUCAGUGUCUCCUGCCCAGAGGUCGAUAUGACAUCAAGCUUUACCAGACAUCCAUACAGUUGCAUGGGAAGGCAUAUGAUUACAAGAUCUCCACCAACUCUGUCCUUCGUCUCUUCCUCCUUCCCAAUAAGGACCAGAUGUUUUAUGUUGUGAGCCUGGAUCCACCAAUCAAGCAGGGUCAAACACGCUACCACUUCCUCAUCCUUCAAUUCCCCCAAGAUUCUGAGAAGACUAUUGAGAUUCCACUGUCUGAGGAAGAGCUGAAGAAUAAAUAUGAUGGGAAGUUGGAGAAGGAGAUGUCUGGCCCAACCUAUGAAGUCCUUGCCAAGGUCAUGAAGGUCCUUGUCAACCGCAAGGUCACUGUUCCUGGUGCCUUCUCUGGGGUAUCAGGCAUGCCAUGUGUGACGUGCUCAUACAAGGCAUCAGCAGGGCUCCUAUACCCCCUGGAAAGGGGUUUCCUUUACAUCCACAAGCCUCCAAUUCACAUUCGUUUUGAGGAAAUUGGCACCCUCAACUUUGCUCGAAGUGGUGGAAGCACCAGGUCAUUUGAUAUUGAAAUUGAGACCAAGUCAUCUGUGAUCCACACAUUCAGCAGCAUUGGAAAAGAGGAGUAUGGAAAACUGUAUGAUUUCAUUUCAUCGAAGAAGCUUCGCAUCAAGAACCGAGGCCGACUAGAUGCAGCUGCCUACACAGAUGACCUGGUGAAUUCAGAUGCAGAGAGCGAGCCUGAUGCAUAUCUAGCUCGCAUGAAGGCUGAAGCAGAUGAGGAGAGCGAUGAGGGUGAGGGCGAUGAUGAGUCUGAAGAGGAUGAAGAUUUCGCUCCAGAGGAUGAGAAGGCAGCAUCUGAUGUUGCUGAAGAGUAUGACAGCAAUCCAGAGAGUAACUCAAGCAAUGAUGACAGUGAAGGGGGUGGUAGUGAUGGGGAAAAGAAGAAGAAAAGGAAGAAGGAAAAGAAGAAGACAGUGUCAGAGAAGCCAAGGAAGAGGAGGAAGAAGGGAGGAGAGAAAGACGAGACAAAGCCUAAACGCCCCAUGUCAGCAUACUUCCGUUGGCUCAAUGCAAGCCGGGAUCGCAUUAAGGAGGAGAACCCUGGCAUCUCCAUCACUGAGCUGACCAAAAAGGCUGGUGAGCUCUGGCGGGAGAUGAGUGCCUCUGAUAAGAAGCCAUAUGAAGAAAAGGCAGAAGAAGGCAAGAAGGAGUAUGAGAAGGCAAUGAAGGAGUGGAAGGCAUCUGGAGGGGGAAAGGACAAAGGAAAAAGCAGUCCCUCGACCCCAGUCAAGGCUGGGAAGGCCAAGUCCAAAGUAGUAGAAUCCCCUACCAAGGCAGGAUCUGGCUCAGGUUUCAAGAGCAAGGAGUAUAUCUCUUCCAGUGAGGACACCUCCAGUGAAGAUGACAGCCCAACCACUAAGACAUCAGCAUCUGCCAAAGAUGUGGCAUCUUCCAAGGGAAAGAAGGACAAGGAUGACUCAGAGGAUGAAGAAGAAGAAGCUGAGAGCACACCUGAUACAAGUGAAGAAUCUGAUGCUGACAGUGAUUAAAAUCUUCAUUGACUCUCUUUUCUGUAAUUUGAGUAUCCAUAUACAGGUGUGAAUGAAUUGUUGCAUGAAUGAUUUCACAAUUUGAACAAAAAGUUUAU